AUUGGCAACACAUACAUGAGUUAUAUUUAUUUCGGUUUUUAGAUUUAUUAAAUAAAGUACGUUCUAUACAAGCAACUAAAGUGGGCAUCCAUUUGGAUACCGCGCUCAAAAACAAACGAUCUCACAAAAUCAAUGAUCGGAUAACAGUAGUUACUAUUCGAAUAUUUGUUGUGAACUGUCCUCGAACUUGAUUGCAAUGGCAGCGGGUCGUGUUAAUCUCUCGAAUUUGGCACUGGAGAAUCGUCUGGUGGGCGGCAAAUAUCGUUUGUUGAAGGCCAUUGGAAGUGGAUCCUUUGGUGAGAUCUAUCAGGGCAUUAAUACACAGGAUGGCAAGGAUGUGGCUGUUAAAAUCGAAGCUGUCGACGUCAAGUACCCGCUGCUGCGUUACGAGUCCAAGGUGUAUGAACAAAUCGGACCUCAUCCGGGAAUUCCAACAUUUUUACACUACGGCAGCGAGAAGCGCUUUAAUGCGUUGGUUAUGGAGCUGCUGGGUCCCUCCCUUGAGGAUCUAUUUAAUCUUUGCAAACGGCAUUUCUCACUGAAGACCGUGCUGAUGAUCAGCGAUCAGUUGCUGAUGCGUUUGGAGUGUGUGCAUCAGCACAGUUUCAUACAUCGCGAUGUGAAACCGGAUAACUUUCUGAUUGGACUGGGCAGACAUUGCAACAAACUGUACAUGAUCGAUUUUGGACUGGCCAAGCGGUAUCAGGAUCCAAUAAGCCGCCAGCAUAUAGCCUAUCGAGAUGAUCGCAAUUUAACGGGGACUGCUCGAUAUGCCUCGAUCAAUGCCCAGCGUGGGAUCGAACAAUCUCGUCGCGAUGAUCUAGAAGCGCUGAGCUACUGCAUCAUGUACUUUAACAUGGGAAAGCUGCCCUGGCAGGGAAUUAUCGCUGCGAACAAACAGCAGAAAUACGAAAAGAUUUGGGAAAUGAAACAGAGCCUGUCGAUCGAUGACACCUGCAAAAAUUGGCCCAAUGAAUUUGCACUGUUCAUGAAAUACGCUCGAAAUUUGCGUUUCCAAGACGAUCCCGACUAUGUCUACCUACGGCAACUCUUUCGCUUUCUCUUUCGGACUCUUAAUCAUCAAUAUGAUCAUGUCUAUGACUGGACACAACUCCAACAGCAACAGCAAAAGGGUCGCGAUCGGGAACGCGAUCGUGAACGUGAUCGCAAUCGUCGUGAUCAACAGAUUGUCGAACUUGAACUGAAAAAUGCCAAACGUCGCCCGAAAUUAGAUCGUGAGCCAAUUGGUGAUAGCAUCAAGCACAAGCAAACUGGCGAUAAAAAGCAUUACAAGUGAUAGAUCAAUAUUCAAGCAUGUCUACAAAUUGGAGAAAUUUUAUUCAAAAUUAUUUAUAAGACAUCGUUGAAUUUUUAAAGUUUAAUUGUUUAGAUAUUUUAAGAGUUUUAAUUCAGUUUCAUUUUAUGCCCUUUAGCUGAGACAAUAGACUCAGUCGUAAUUAAAAGAAAAUAUUCAAGAUGUGAA